AGGUAUUGCACAGUAACAGACCGUAAGAAUCUAUGUAGUCCACGUCUCUACUAGCGCGGCUCGCACGCGUUAAUACUCGUGAGUGAAAACGGAAUUAUUGUGUUUUAUUUGUUCCAACAAUAGAACUUCGGACAGAUUAAAGUUGGGCAAGUUGGUUCCACGCUACCAGCGAUAAGUACGUUCCAGUUUUAAUUUUAAAAACAGCCACGAUUCUUCCAAGCUACAAUAGGAUCGUCGACCUACCAAUCUAUUGUUAUACAAUACCUAUAGAUCAUGAGUGCUGAAUCGCAGGAGCUGUGCACUGUAUGCGGAAUGGCAGCAGAGCACAAGUGCAGCGCUUGCAAAAGCGUUUUUUACUGCAGCAGAGAGCACCAAAAGUCCCAUUGGAAGGUUCACGGGAAGAAGUGUAUUCCUUAUAAGAUCGCGACUAACGAAGUUCUCGGACGACACUACGUGGCCAUAAGAAACAUCAAUGUUGGCGAGGUGGUCUUCCAGGAGAAGAAGGCCCUCGUCGAAGGACCCCCGCUGGAAACGGGGCCAGUCUGCUUAGGAUGCUACGCAGUGCUUACUCCAAAAUCUGCGGUACCAUGCGUCAAGUGUGGCUGGCCGUUAUGCGGACUGUGUAGAGAUCACGGGCCAGAAUGCGAAUUCACGGUCAAGUAUAAAGACGAAAAGGUAUCAAUUACGGAUUUUGUUUUUCCGCACCCCACCUAUCGCUGUAUCACAACGAUAAGAGCCUUGCACUUGCGCGAAGCAGAUCCGGGUCUAUAUGAGAAAUUUUUAAAUCUUGAAGACCACGCCGAGGAACAGGAGCGCACCUCUUUAUUCACGCCUCGUUUCGUCGCGCAAUUCAUUAAGAGGUUCUUCAAGAUUGACGUUACGGAACAAGAAGUUGCAAAAGUCGUCGGCAUUCUGCAGGUGAAUGGUCAUGAAGUGCCAUUAACCGAGCCUGCUUAUAUCGCGGUUUACGAUAUUUCGUCCAUUGUUGAGCACAGCUGCAGAGCAAAUUGCUCCAAGAGCUUCACCAGUAACGGUGGCAUUGUUGCUCGAGCUGCAAUACCCAUAAAAAAAGGCGAUCAUAUAACGAUAUGUUACACCGAUCCUCUCUGGGGCGUUGAGAAUAGGAGACAUCAUUUGGCACAGACGAAAUUUUUCCAGUGCAUGUGCGAACGAUGCAUCGAUCCUACAGAAUUUGAAACUAUGUACAAUGCUAUCAAAUGCUGGAAUGCUGAUUGCAAUGGACACGCCCUUCCGAAAACCUUCAUUAAAUCUGGAAAUGAAAGGCCAGAUUACACAUGCAACGCAUGUUCAAGUACUAAGAGUUUUGACGCGGUCGAAGAAAUGAUGGAGCAAAUCGGAAUACAUUUGUCACAGAUGAAGAAAAACGACAUGGAACAAUGUAGAAAAUUUAUUCAAGAAUACGGCAAAUUUCUCCACGAAAAUCAUUAUUAUAUUACGGACGUUAAAUUGGCUUUGGCUCAAUUAAUUGGCCAGGAAAAUCCUGGUUUACCUGGAAUCAGUGACGAUUUAUUGCAAGAAAAAAUAUCGCUGUGCAAGCACGUCAGUCAGCUUUUAAAAAAGCUUGUUCCCGCGGAGAAUAGAGUUCUUGGAUUAGUCCUCUUUGAACUACACGCUGCAAUUGCUGAGUGUGGGCGCAGACUGGACCCUGGAGAGCUACGAGAGGCUCUACUGGAAUCAAAGCGAAUAUUAGCCGAAUCGUACGAGUUACUAAAGUAUGAACCAGAGGCACUUCCAGAGGGGAAAAUAGCAGUACAAGCUCAUAAGAAUCUUCAGGAUAUAGAAACGAUUCUGAAAGUAAUGCAUCAGAACAUCAGUAUGCCGCCAAUGUAAAAAUGAUAUUCUACAAUCGUUAAGUGAAUUUGUAAUCUUCCUAAUUGAUUGUCUUGUAAUCAUGAUUGUUUGUACAUAUCAAAAACUCACGUACCAAUACAAUUACCUGAGAACAUAUUUUUCGUCUCGUGAGAAACCUGACUCUUCCAUUCUUCUCAAAAUCAGUUGUAGUAGUCAUAGAUCGGCGAGCAUCAGGAUGUUAAUCGGGGUAGGCAGCGAUAUAUUUGUCCAUUAAUUGUGAUAAAUCCUCAAGCUUGGGGCUAGACUUCAAUACAUGUACGUUUUACUUUAUUCGUGUGCAAUAUUACAUAGUACUAUAUUAUAGUUAUAGUAAACUAAAUUACAUAUUCAGUGAAGGCACAUGUCGUCCCGUACUUGCGGGCUACAAUCGUUUCAAUUAAAGUUUUCAAUGCCAUGUCCGAUUAUUCUGCACGUAGAAAAGCAAUGUUUUCAUACUAAUCACAAAUUCACGUGUCGCAACAACAUUAUUCGAGGAGUUCGUCAGUUAUAAAACAACAAUCUUAGAUUUUCUUUUGCAAUUCGACAGGCCGAAAAUCAUUCGCGAUAGAUCCUCACUUGUUUUAACAUCAGUUAAUUCUUUGUUGUAACUAAAAUGUACGUUAAGUUGAGUUCAUUACAAACAUCCAACAUAACACAGGAUAUAUUACCUUCACAUCGAAGAUUGUCAUCUUAUUACAUAAACACAUUACAAACCCAGUCACUAUUUCCGUCGGAAUCAAUCGAAGUAGUAGCAUAUUAUCUGGCGAAGAAUGCAUACUUAUAUUCUUCUCAGCACCCAGCUAUUAAUACAGAACUGUCUGAUAACCAUUUAUCCAUUUACACUAAAAUCUUCGUAUACAGUGCGCACACGAUGACGGCAAUAAGUUAAUCAGAAAUUUGGAAACUGGAUUUUGGAACUGAUUGGGUAGAAUAGUGUGGGUUGGAAAUGAUUUAUGUGACACACAGAAUAGAUAAGCAAGGUCGUACAUACUCAAAUUAGUUGACCGUGUUCACUAAAUGAACAGUCAAAUACUGAUUCCGGAUGGUAUAAGCAAGCAUCCCUUUAAUCUCCGCAAACUACGUUGUUGGUUCUUAAUUCUGUUUCAUUUUAUUUACAAAUAUAGUAGGUCUAAACUUUUUUUUCGCCAUAUUUUAUACACCUAGCGUGGAACAUCUUUUGGUCACUCCAAGUUCAUUAGUGCACACGUUUAAUCACGUUUUCAAUAAUUAUACAGUAAUAGUUAGGACUGCGGCUCAUGUUCGCCCGUCCGUUUUUCUGUAUGGUGAUGGAUAAGAUUUAAAAUUUUCACAUGAAUUAACAGAGUGACGUAGACGAGGGUUUCUAAGUUAAAACAUUAAACGAUAUAACAUACUAACAUUAACUACUAGCGUUAAAAUGCACAUCUUAUUUUACAUUAUAUUUUUUUUAUCUUUACGCUAAUGCAGUGACCAGGAUUUUUGUUUUACACAGUUUAAUGCAGAUAGAACCUUUCAAUAUUAUACUGUAAGUGAAAACAGAGAUGAGAAAAUUACACCUCAAUCCGAAUGAGUGUAAUAUACAAUAGAUAUUAAACAUAGAUAGCUAUGGUUAAAACGUUGCAGCUAAUAAAGAAUACUCCAGCAAUUAAUUUAUUAUUUAACCUGAUAACUGCAUUCACUUAUAGUUUGUAAGGUUUAAACUUUUAAUAUGUAUUUUUUACUUUUUUUUCGUUUAUUUUUAUUCUUCACUUCGAAGUCUCGGUUAAUGUAUUGAUAAGCAUAUUCAAGUCUGUAUCAUGAUUAAAAAUAUACAUAUUAUCUUAUGUAAGUCAGGGAAAAAAGAACCGCCAACAAAUUAAAAUCAAAUCGACCGUCGACGACGUGUAAACUUGAGCGUAUCUGAUAUUCAAUACAUAAUAUAAUUUCUUUUCCCCUUUUUUUUUGUUUUGUUCUAUUCACUCUAACAGAUUUA